CGUAAUUUUAAUUUAGUUAUUGAAAAUACACUUAAAGGAGGAAGACUAGGUCGAAUUUCUCAAAGCAAAAUUUUGUUUCUUGGUGAUAAAGAGUGCUGUGAUUAUAAAUUUUAAAAAAGAAUAAUUUUAUACAAUUUUAUUUGGCAUUAUAAUUUUAAGAAAAAUGCCGGAAAACACUUUACAGAAUGGGGAUAAACAGUUUACGAGAGUUUGGUGCGACGGAUGUUACGAUAUGGUACAUUUCGGUCACGCAAAUUCUUUACGUCAAGCGAAAGCAUUGGGCGAUCGCCUUGUAGUAGGUAUACACACAGACGAAGAAAUAAUGAAACACAAGGGACCUCCAGUAUUCACUGCAGAGGAACGCUACAAGAUGGUCAGAGGUAUCAAAUGGGUAGACGAAGUUGUGGAAGGAGCUCCUUACGUAACGACGUUGGAAACUUUGGAUAAAUACGACUGUGAUUUUUGUGUACAUGGUGAUGACAUUACAUUGACCGCUGAUGGGGUUGAUACUUAUCACUUGGUUAAAGAAGCGGGUAGAUAUAGGGAAGUCCAACGGACAGCAGGCGUUUCCACGACAGAUUUGGUAGGUCGGAUGCUAUUACUAACGAGGAAUCAUUUUAAACAAGGUCAGUAUGAGUAUGAUGUCGCUCGGGAUCAUUCUUCUUCUAUGGGACAGGACUCAUUCGCUAGAUCUCCUUGGACAGGUUGUUCGCAGUUUUUGCCGACUACACAGAAGAUUAUCCAGUUUUCAGAUGGAAAGUCUCCGAAACCCGGCGAUAGGAUUAUCUACGUUGCCGGAGCUUUUGAUCUCUUCCACGUCGGUCAUUUGGACUUCUUGGAAAAAGCCAAAGAGCAGGGCGAUUACCUAAUCGUCGGACUUCACACAGAUCCAGUCGUCAACAGAUAUAAGGGCACCAAUUAUCCAAUAAUGAACCUACACGAAAGGGUACUCAGUGUCCUGGCGUGCAAGUACGUUUCCGAAGUGGUAAUUGGUGCGCCUUAUACUGUUACAAAGGAUUUGAUGGACCAUUUUAAAGUCGACGUAGUGAUACAUGGAGAUACGCCUGUUAUGAUGGACGUGGAUGGGAGUGAUCCGUACGAAUAUCCUAAAAUGGUUGGUAAAUUCGUAAGUGUAAAGUCCGGCAACGACAUGACUACUGAGAGAAUCGUGGAAAGAAUAAUCAGAAAUAGAUUGCAGUUCGAAGACAGAAACACGAAGAAAGAAUUAAAGGAAUUGGAAGUACUUAAAAAAAUGGAGGAGCUGGAGUUAAAACAGAACGGUAUAACAGCAAACGCGUCGUAAUGCUUUUAAAAUUUUAAUGGACCCUGAGGCGUGUACAUGUUUUAUGAAGCUUUCUAUUUUUACUAUAUCUUACUGUUUUGUCUAAAUUUUACAUUAGAACAAAGUUGUACAUUUGGACUUUGUUGAAAUAAUGUACCUAAUUUUUAUAUUUUGUUUAUACUUUGUAACAUUUAGUGUUUUUAUUUAUUCAGUUGUAUAUUAUAAAUUAUAAAUAUAAAAUAUAUUGUUAUUAU